CGUUGCGCCGGGGGCGGGCCGUCACAUCAUCAGUAGCAGCCGUAGUGUUGGGACUGCUGUGCAGCGGCUCUGCUCGGCUUGUAGUCUCCACAGCAGCAACACCUCUUGUUUUUGUGUUUGGGGAGAGACACCACUUUUAACGACUGAAGAAAUUUAAACGGAGGGGCUUAUCCUGUCGGUUUUGAGGGGAAGAUAGAAGACUUAAGUUACGUAGCGGAGGAGACAUGUUUUUAAAGGGAGGGGAGAGACUGCCGGCCGGGUUUAGAGCUACUUUGAUGCAGCCGCUUAGCUAACAAGCUAACUCUGAAUGUUUUCAGAAAAUAGCCUGUUUGUUAGCUCGCUAGCUAGCUAAAUCGGAUGGAGAAAUUCGCUGUUUAGAAUAAGCAAAGAGUUGAAAUGUUAAUUUUGUUCAUUGGCACAUUAACCGAAAGGAUUGUGGAAACAUCUUAAACUGGGUAUGUUGAAUGUUUAAGCUUCCAGUUACCUCUUUGUUGUUAAUUUCCAGUAGGGACAAUAGUUAACAGACUAGGCAACAAGUCUGGCACACUAGUUUUUACUCAUUCUGUGCCAUGUUGAUAUUAAUUCUUAAGUCAUUGUGGAAAUUGAACAUUUUAUGCAAUUUGAACUCAGUAUGCUAUAGGACCGUGGGGUCCCUGUUUUAGGUAGACCGGGUUACUCUUUUGUAUAGGAGAAGCUGUACUAGUGAGUUGAUACAACUGUAGACGAGGAGACGAGGUGGAUGAACAUUAUAAGUCGCCCACAUGCUUUGGAUCAGUUCCCGGACCUGUGAAAGGCAUCUGAAGCAGAAGGUGGAAGACGUGAGCGCACAGCCCUUGCAGCCCGGGGGAAGAUGGCGGAGCGAUCCCGCAGGAGGUGGUGAAACCAAAACUUGGGCACUUCUUCUUGGAUUUAUCUUCAGACAUCUUAUCCCAGAUCUAAGGACACAUGCAGGCCAAAAAACGGUACUUAACCUUGUUCUCCGCGGGUGCGUGUCUCAUCCUGUUGUUUUGCUUUGGGGGUAUACAAGUCCCGCUGUCCAGACGGAGUCCAAGCCGGCGUGAUGACCGCAGCCUCUCAGGGGCGCGGUGGCGUCGCUUCCCGGGGUCCCUGCAGCCUUUCGGCUCCUUGGAGCAAGAGCAGAGCGAUGAGCACAUAUCUCCAAGGCAGAAGAGGGACGCUAACUCAGGUGUUUACACUGGAAGACGCUGCAGGAUGGAGUCUUGCUUCGACUUUUCCCUGUGUGAGAAGAAUGGUUUUAAAGUUUAUGUGUACCCCCAGCAAAAGGGGGAGAAGAUGUCCGAGAGUUACCAGAACAUCUUGUCCUCUAUUGAAGGAUCGAGGUUCUACACACCUGAUCCAGGACAGGCAUGCCUAUUUGUCCUGAGUUUGGACACACUGGACCGGGAUCAGCUUUCACCCCAGUAUGUUCACAACUUGAAAGCAAAAAUUCAGAGCCUUCCUCUUUGGAACGGGGGCAAAAACCACAUCAUCUUCAACUUAUACUCUGGCACCUGGCCAGACUACACAGAAGACCUUGGUUUCGACAUAGGCCUUGCGAUGUUGGCCAAGGCAAGCAUCAGCACAGAAAAUUUCAGGCCAUACUUUGACGUUUCUAUCCCUCUUUUCUCAAAAGAACACCCAAGGACAGGAGGGGAAAGGGGAUACCUAAAACAUAACACUAUUCCCCCUUUUAGGAAGUACAUGCUUGUCUUUAAAGGGAAGCGUUACCUAACUGGAAUAGGUUCUGACACUCGGAACGCUUUAUAUCAUGUUCAUAACUCAGAGGAUGUGGUUCUCCUCACUACCUGCAAACAUGGGAAGGACUGGCAGAAGCACAAGGAUGCACGCUGUGACAGAGACAACACAGAAUAUGACAAGUAUGACUACAGGGAAAUGCUCUACAACUCCACAUUCUGUCUGGUACCUCGAGGACGACGGCUGGGCUCCUUUCGCUUCUUAGAGGCUUUGCAGGCGGCUUGUGUGCCAGUGAUGCUGAGUAAUGGCUGGGAGCUUCCCUUCUCAGAGAUUAUGGACUGGAAUACAGCAGCUGUAAUUGGGGAUGAAAGGCUGCUAUUACAGAUUCCUUCAACAGUGCGCUCCAUCCACCAGGAUAAAAUCCUGUCCCUGAGACAGCAGACUCAGUUCCUGUGGGAGGCUUAUUUCAACUCAGUGGAGAAGAUCGUGUUGACCACACUGGAGAUCAUCCAGGACCGGGUGCUGCGGCACACCUCCAGGAGUAACCUGAUGUGGAACAGCCUGCCUGGAGGCCUUUUCACCCUGCCUCAGUACUCCACACACCUGGGGGAAUUUCCCUUCUACUACGCUAAGCUCGGUAAUAAGCCGUACCCCAAGUUUACCGCCAUUAUUCACGUGGUGACCCCGCUGGUGUCCCAGUCACAGCCGGUCAUGAAGCUUCUGGUGGCUGUGGCCAAAUCCCAGUACUGUGCUCAGGUGAUCGUUCUGUGGAACUGUGACAAGCCUCUUCCUGCCAAGCACCGCUGGCCCGCCACCUCUGUCCCCGUCAUCGUUAUAGAGGGAGAAAGCAAGGUUAUAAGCAGUCGUUUUCUUCCCUACGAUACCAUCCCCACUGAUGCUGUACUCAGUCUGGAUGAGGACACAGUGCUGUCCACCACAGAGGUCGACUUCGCCUUCACUGUGUGGCAGAGUUUCCCAGACCGCAUUGUUGGCUACCCAGCCCGCAGUCACUUCUGGGACAGCAACAAGGAGCGUUGGGGUUACACCUCCAAAUGGACCAACGACUACUCCAUGGUCCUAACAGGGGCUGCCAUCUAUCACAAGUACUACCACUACUUGUACACCUCCUACCUUCCAGCCAGUCUGAAGGCCAUGGUUGACCAGAUGUCUAACUGCGAAGACAUUCUGAUGAAUUUUCUGGUGUCGUCUGUCUCCAAACUUCCACCGAUCAAGGUCACCCAGAAAAAACAGUACAAGGAGACAAUGAUGGGACAGAGCUCCCGGGCAUCUCGCUGGGCCGACCCAGACCAUUUCGCCCAGCGUCAGACCUGCAUGAACAAGUUUGCCAGCUGGUUUGGCACCAUGCCACUGGUCCACUCUCAGAUGAGGCUGGACCCAGUGCUGUUCAAAGACCAGGUGUCUAUUCUGCGGAAGAAGUACAGGGACAUCGAGAGGCUAUAACCCUCCAGAGCCCCCCCCCACGCUUGACACAACAAAGUCAGAGUGAGGGAGGGUUGGACAUGUAAAGAAACGUGGAGCCUUUCCAUGAUUGCUUGGGACAGAUCAAUGGAGAAGCAAAUGGGAUUUCAUGCGGGCUGAGAAGAGGAAAAUAAUCUAAACAGAUGUGGAGGACGCAACAUUAACUGCACUCCUCUGCUGUGUCGUCCUUUAUUUCUCCUUUCUACUCUCUCUCUUUUGUGUUUUGGGGAACAGAUGAGCACACAGGUCUCACUCUGUACACUAAGACUACCACCGACUGAAGGACACCUGACGACUUAAAAUCCACACCACUUUGAACUGAAUUUGUCAAAGUCAUGGAGUUGGAAAUCCCAGCUUGCUGCUUCAGUGUCCCCAAACUGGUUCAAAAGAUUUUGUCCGUUCUGUAAACUCUGCACAGGUUCCACAAACUUUUUGCUGACAGAAUAUUAUUGAUAAUACUGACUAUGAAGAGGAUAACACUAUUUUGGAAUGUGUCUAGCUAUUUUUUCUAUCCAGUGAACAAAUGGCCAGCAUUGCUCUCGGUGUAUUGUCUUAACUAGCAGGGUGGUUGAGGAGAGGAAUGACAUUCCCCUCCACUACAGAACUGAGUUGUAACGAUGGUUGAUCUGAUAUUCACAGUGCCUCAAGUUUAUCUAAUGGCGUUGGGAUCCUGGGACUUGGUGCAGAAUGAGCACCUUGAUCUUGCUGCUUUCUUUUUUUUUUUUUCAUGAUUUGUGAUUUUCUUUAUGAUCGAUGGAAUAACAGGUCUUGUAGUGAAUUCUUCAGGUCAGCAUUCCUCGCUGAAGUGUAAUGAAAAUUAAUUUUCCCUCUCUCAAGUUAAAUUGUCGUUAUGUGCCAUCUCGAAGAAAAUUUCCUGAUAAAACCACAACAGUCUCACAAAACUAGCUUGAUAUUUCUUAUUUUACUUUGUGGGAAAAUAUUCACACAAUGACUGUUCAAUACUUAUGACAUUUAAUGGCUUUUAUUUCAGCAAAAAAUUGUGGGUUUUUUAGUUGUCCUUUUUUUUACUCAAAGGCUUAUAUAAUGAGCUGGAAUUGGUACUUGAAUACGUGCUGGCCUGAAGAACAAUAGCUCAUAAGAAUUUCUUGUGUUAGGGGGGCUGAACCUGCCAAUUGAAACACACACCACUGUGAAAACUAGGAAAUACGUCUUUUGGGGUUUUGCUAGCAAGAGAUAUUAUAUAUGGUUAUUGCCUCUAUGCCAUAGAUCCAAUUUGACAACAAACAGACAAGUACUUGACAUGAGCUAACAUUUCAAACAGUGCUUAUUGGCGUCAGAGUCGGUAUUGUAAUUGACUGUUUAACCCAGUUAGACAAGAAUCCUCAUCAAGCAUUUUUAACACUUUUAGAAAGCACAGGGAAGAAAUAUGAUCCUAAUGGGAGACAUGCUUUAAUAUGUACAGGAGUUACAUUUGUGUUCAGUCUUAAACUAAAUGGGUACAAUUAGGAGCCUUUCAAAUGUCAGUAUAUUUGCAGAACACCAGUGUGUGUGUCGCUCAUAAUCACAGGUGAAUGGGAUUGGCAGUUUGCUGUUUGUGCUUGCGCCACAUUGAAAAUUAGAAACGAUGUAUCACCAGGAUUUAAGUAUGUUUCACAAUUCAGUUUGGCACACACAUUCAGGUUUUACAUGUUUGUCGGCAUCUGAUUAACUACCAGGCUGUGACUUGAUGCCAAGUGUGAGUGGAACAUGACAUGGAGUUUGUUGCAGAUGGAUGAAAAAGGAUUUUGGUUCCAUCACUUCUAUGACCACUCACCCUUCACUUUAUUUACACUCGGUUCGUCAUAUCAGGUUAUCUGACACAUCAUUUAAAAAUACUGACUAUGUGCACUUGUGUCUUUAAAAUCACUGUGCAUUAUCAGUUUAAAGUUUAUUGAUGCAUGAUGAAUCCCUGUAAAGCCUUCGACAAUACUAUAGAACUCUAAGCACACCCGACGCCUCCUCUGUUUGUUUCAGUUUCAUUUCAGAAGAUAAAAGACCUUUUUCAUAAACAUAAAUGUUCUGUACCUGUCAGCCCAACUUGUGCCAAUGGAUCAUAUAUGCUUUUAUUUUUAUUUUUUGUAAUCAUGAGGAAUGCCAUGCAUUCCCAUAUUGACAUGGUUCAUUAAAAUGAUUUCCUGUCUCUUUUAAGUAAAAUGUGUGAGAAAGGGUCCCAGCAGAGAUGUGUGUUGUGUGGUAUCUGUCACUUCUGAGGAUGUGCUAUCAGCUCGACAGCAAAUAAACAGCCCUAGUCCUACUAAACACAAAGCUAUCAAGACAACUGAAUAUGGUCGUAAACAGAAACGCAUUUCAGAAAGAACCUUGGUGCAAUAUUUAAGAUGACAUUUUCUCUAUUAUUUUUUUUUCUUUUUCCCUUCCUCUUCUUGUUAUUGUUUCAGAGGGCAGGGGGUUAUGUAUUGAUGUGCCUUCAGAAGAAAUACACUUUUUUCCCCAUCUGCCUUGUGCAAGAAAAAGGUCCCUGUUUUUCAUUUCAAUGUGGAUUGUUUUUUGUUUUCUGUAUCAAUAUUCAGUGAAGCAUAAUGGCUCCCUACAUGAUAUGGUUUAACACUGGAAUGAUACUCUGACUUAUCUCCACACAUCUCAUAUUGACAUUCCUGCCUUUUCUGUUGUAGGAUCUAUUGCCUUGUAUUGAUGUACUUGGGAGGUCUUCUAACUGGUUGUCUCAAAUAUAGAAAUACAUGUAACACACACACACACACACACACACACACACACUUUAAUUCUCCCAUUCAAAUAUUUAUCAGACAGGAUUGUGUCUCAAAUCUAUGCCUGCUCCCUUCACUCUCUUCCGUAAUCGCAGACCUAAUUUUAUAGAGAUUUAAAAUGGAAAGAUAGAGGAAAAAUCACGUUUUUUUUGUAAAGGAUUUUAUAAAAACAAAAAAAGAUCAAUAAAAUGUUUGAUAUAAUUUA